AUGUCGUGGAUUCGGUCGAAUCUGGCCAAGGUGGGGACAUUUGCGGGGUCCGUGGUGCAGAAGGCCGGAGAUGCCGUGGAGCGAGGCGCCAAGAUGGUGUACGAGCAGGCGGAGAGCGCUGUGGUGGGUCGGCCACACAACAGCUUCCGCCAUGCGGUGCGGCGGAUAGAGGAGGUGGCGACAUUCGCACGCGGCAGCGAGCGCAAGGAGGCUCUGGCGCGCUGGCUUGCUGCGCUCUCAGACAUCCAGCAGGAGAACGACCGCCUUCAGGCGCAUUUCCAGAGGCGGAAGAAGCGGCAGGAGAAGGGGGAGCGGAAGACGCAGGAAGAGAACAAGCAGGAAGAGGCCAAAGAUGGGGAAGCAGAAGGUGUGGAGGCACGAUUGUCACAGGUGCAGACAGAUGGAGCUGAGGGGAAGACGGAGUCAGUAGCAGCAGAAGCAGACUCAGAAUCAAAGGAUGGGGUUGUUGGAGAUGGAGAGAAAACAGGAGCAGAAGCAGGUAGCAAGUCAGCAGCAGCGGGUGAUAUUGCAGCAGCAGGAGAAGAAGCGGAGGAGGUGGCAUCAGUAGGGGAUGGAUCGUUGCAAGAUGAGGCAGCUCCGUCGCUGUCAAAGUCAGCAUCAACUGGACGGGCUUCCAUGGUGCUUUUCUAUGAUCCAGACGCGGGCAACGAGGCCCUCAACUUCCGGGACGUGUUUCUGCGCUCCAGCGCGCUGGAGCUCAUAGUGGCAUCGAUGGUGGUGGCGCCGGGGGAUGAGGACGAGAUGGCGCUGCUGAGAGGGCUGUUCGACCUCUGUCUGAACCUCUCCACAACCCAGUGCAAUGAUCUUCUCGCUGCCCUCCAGUCACUCGGCUCCUCCCUCUCUGCUUACUCCGAACUCAAGUUGCCAAGUGAUGACUUGGCCACGAUGGUGGCAGAAGCAAUCACAGGGCUGAAGGUCAACCCCGAGAUUGAAAGGGUCGACCUGGAGUCGUGUCGCCUGGAGCAGCUUAUUGCUGAGGCUGCCUCUGUAGCCGCCUCUGUGCCUGCAGCACACCAGCGUUCUGCCUCCUUCGUUGCUGCCUUCGACCUUGACGAUCUUGCUACCGACGCUACUUCUGCCAGUGCUGUCACGUCUGAUGCUGCUGAUGCUACCAGUGGUGCUGUUUCUACCGGCAGUCGUGGUGGUGAUGAUGAUGGUGGUGGGGGUGGGGGUGCUGAUGGUGGUGACACUGCUAGCAGUGGUCAAGCCUCGACUGAAACUGCUGCUGCCGGCAGCGCUGCCUCCUCUUCCGGGCCUGCUGCACCUGCCGAAGCUGAUGGAGCCGCCGCCGCACCUGCCGCCACCGCCGAACCUACCGACAUUCAAUCAGAACCAGCAGCAAACGCAGCAGCCAGCCCACCACCGCACACAAUAUCUAGCCCACCACCUCACACGCGCAACGCCGUAACGCACGUGAACGAGGUGGUAACCGCACGGUCUCGCGACGCGCUUCGCCUAGGCCUGCGCCUGCUGGCCUUAGAAAAGAAGAAAGAAGCCCUCCUGCAGCUGGGGGACACGCCGGGGGACAGGGCGCUGAAGGUGGAGCGGGUGAGCUGUCUGGCCGCGGAGCUGAGUGAGAGCAUGGAGGGUCUCCGGCGCAAGGCUGAGGAGUGCCGCCAGCAGCGCCAGGAGGCCCUCGCGUACCGCAGCAGCAAGGCGCAGGAGUCCAGGGAGGCUGAGAAGGUACUCCUGGCGGAGGCCCAGCAGGUGCAGAAGCGAAAGGAGGAGCUGGAGGAGGAGCUGAGGCGGGUGCAGGCGGCUCUGGACGGCGUUAAUCGGCGGCUAGUGAAGCUGGAAGAGGAGAAGGAGCUCUUUUCGCAGGCCAGCACUGGGAUUGAGGCUCAUCUAUCUUCAGAGGAGGAAUCCCUCACACACUCCCUCUCUGAACACGAGGAGGACGCCAAGGCUCUGGCAGGGUGGAAGGAAUUCCUGCAGCAGUCGUGGCAGCUGCAGCAGGCGAGCAUGGAGGGCAAGGAGCGGCAGAUGAGGGAGGAGAUGAGCGACCGCAAGAGCCGGUUCUGGGAGAUGGCUCAGGGGCACGUGCGGCUGUGUCAGUCGGAGUUGGAAGCCUUUGGGCAGUCGGCCAAGUCCAUAGUGGAGCGGCUCGAUGGUAUCAGAGCCAAGAGGGAGCAAGCGGAGAAGGAGGGGAAGGAUGGGGCAGUGUCAGAUAGCAAGCACAGGCGGCUGCAGUGGGAGGAACGAUACAUGGCAGCUGAGAUACAGGUGAAGAGGUGCAUUGGGGAGGCAGAAAUAGCCAUGCGGGAGAUCAGGGCCUGGCUGGACACUCUCCCCCCUAGUGAGGAUGCUCCCAAGCAGGCUCAAAUGCGAACUCUUCUCGCCGAACUUGAGUCCCUCGUAGCUUCGGUCCGAGCCUCCGCCCGCCCGAGCCUGUCCCUGGACCACCCAACCGUGCUGCGCGUGCAGAGGCUCGGCAAGUCCCCUGACUCGUGGGCCUCCGCCGAAGCUGCUGCUGCAGGCAGAGGUUCGGCGUUUCCUGGUACGGUGGUGGUGGCCCCACUCUCAAGCUUUUCUGCUGCAGGCUCAACUGCUGCUGCUGCUUCCGCUCCUGCUGCUGCUUCUGCUGCUGUUGCUGGUACAACGGCAGCAGCAGGAGCAGCAGAAAGGCCAGACAUGGCUGCUGCAGCUGCAGCACAGACUGCUGGAACUACCGAGUCUGGUAAACUGUUGAAGAAACCGGCACUAGUGAUUGGGGGGUCAGCAGUUGCAGGAGCAGGUGGGGCGGCACCAACAGGAGCAGAGGAGAAUGUUCCCCCUACUCCUUUUGUCAUUUCGGGCGGGGUCCGCCGUCCUGUAGCUCCUGGGUUCAAGGAUAAGCAAGGCAAGUCAAAGCUGCCGCCCACGGGUGGAAGUGGUUCAGUGCAGAGCAAGCAGGUGGAGGAGAGUACAGGAGGCAGGCAGAGCAUGGGUGAAGAUAAGGGGGAGGAAGGCGGGUCUGAUGCUGCAGCUGAAGCAUGUUCUGUUGGGGAAUCAUAA